AUCAUAAAUACUGGAUCACUUUCUUAAUUAUAUCAAGAGAUUUCAAGAAUCCUUCUCCAUUUAAUUAAAUACCCACUCAAGAUCUCAAAUAACACCAACACUAAUUCAUUUAUUCCUCUUGCUAAUGAUAUUCAACAUAUUGAACUAAUUAGUUUAUCAAAAGUAAGGAAUUUGGUCGGAAAAUGGAAUCGUCUUUCUUUUUGCAAUUACAACAAGAUGACGAAUUUUCCAUUGGAAACACCAAGUUCUCCAUCACUUAUCCAGGAUCCACGAUUUGGGAUGUCGGCUCAGGGAAUGAUUUUUAUUUGGGAGAUCAUGUAAGUAAUUUAGACAAAUUGCCGAAAGAAUUUGAAGGUAGGGUUGGAGAUCAGGAUCUGCAGAAGAAAAUAACGCACAGGGAAAUCGAGAGGCAAAGGAGGCAAGAGAUGUCCACCCUUUAUGCUUCUCUUCGUUCAGUCCUUCCUCCUGAUUAUCUCAAGGGCAAGCGCUCGACGUCGGAUCAAAUUCAUGAGGCUGCAAAGUAUAUAAGGUAUCUGCAGAAUAAUGUCAGGGGACUGGGACGUAAAAGGGAUAGGAUAAAACAAUCACUCGGAAAUCAUGAAUUAGUACAAUCUGAAAAGGCUGGAAGCUCUAGCAAGAUUUUGCCUAACAUUGUUGUAACAGUUCAGACAUGUUCAGUGGGAGUUGAAGUUCAGAUCAGUGGUGAUGUCUUGGCAGAGGGGCUUAUUCUUCCACUAUCAAGAAUCCUGCAAAUGAUGCUUGAACAAGGGCUUGUCGUCGUCUGCUGUAACUGGACAAAUUUUGACGGGAGGUUAUGUUAUGUAAUCCAAUCCGAGGUUGUUGAUUAUCCUGGUAUCGAUCUUCAGAAGCUGCAAAGUAAGCUGACUCGUAUGAUCCACACUUUGAUAGAUGUGAAACAGUGAUUAAUUAACUUGUGUUCUAGUAAGCACUGGAUGGUUUGAUGCGAACUUUGUAAUUGUCCAAGGAAACAUCAUUAAGUACAAGUCGGUAUGAUGUGAACUAUCUUGCCUAUGUGGUAGUAAACAUUUCGAAUAAGUUGAUCAACACAAUAUUUACAUUUAA